AUGGUUUCGUACAAAGAGGUUCAGGCGUCCAACGCGCGCAUCAGCGAGUCGACGGCACCGCAAAUCGCUGUCUUCGCGGGAGGCACCUCAGGCAUCGGACAAUACACGGUCAAGGCCCUGGUGGGCACCGGGGCCAGCAUGCGGAUCUACCUAGUCGGCCGCAAGAGCUCUGAGGAGCGGAUGAAGACCUUCAUCCAAGAGCUGCAGGCCAUCAACCCCAGGGCUGAGAUCGUCUGGACCGAAGGCGAGAUCUCUCUACUAGCAGAGACCAAGCGAGUAUGCGAUGCUAUCAAGAGCCAGGAGACCCGCGUUGAUCUACUAUUCCUUACGGCGGGAUACGCUCCCUUUGCUGGACGCAAGGAGACGGCAGAGGGCAUAGAAACCUCCCAGAGCCUGGAGUACUACUCCCGCAUACUAUUUGCUCUCCAUCUCCUCCCUCUGCUAGACAAGGCCGAGGCUCCCCGGGUCAUCAGCGUCAUGGCCGGGGGCCUGGAGAAGACGAGCAUCGACCUGGAUGACCUCGACCUCAAGAAGCCUGGCAACUUUGGCAGCAUCAAGGCCCAGAUGCAGUACGGGACAAUGAACAGCAUGGGCUGGGAGAAGCUCGCUCAAGCCAACCCCAACGUUACCUUCAUCCACUCCUGGCCCGGAUGGGUCAAUACGGGGAAUGUGAGGAGAGGGUGGGAUCCCAACUCAAUCAUGGGUUGGGUCAUCAGGCUUUUCCUGGAGACCCUUCUCGGAGUAUUCAGCUUCAGUGACGAAGAGUCCGGGCAGAGACACUUGUUCCAGUGUACCAGCGCAGUUUUUGGCGGUCGUGGAGUUCCGUGGGAUGGAAAGCCAGGCAUAAACUCGCUGGAAAAGGAGGAAAACGGCCUGUUUCUUGUCAACUACAAGUGUGAUUGCACCCCGAAUGCAAAGAAUAUGAAAAUACUACGGGACUCGGCUCUGGAGAGGGUGUGGAAUCAUACUCAGGAAGUUCUUCAACCCUAUUUGUAG